AUGUUUGCUGCAGUAACUCUUGUUCUCCUGGGAAGCUUCACUUUAAGCCAGGGCUUUGAGGGGUACCUAGCUGGCCAUGCAAAUGGGACAGUUGACGCCAACGGAGUCUGCCAGUGCCAGGUUUAUCUUCCAGAUCCCACUUUUCCAGUGGACAGGCUUGAAAAACUGGAGAUGACUUCUACGUCUUUGACCGUAUCUGUUGAGCAGCAAAUUAUAAAGCUUCAGGAAUACACAAGUAAAAUUUCAGUCUUUGAAAAGCGCAUGCACAACCUCACUGUACGCAUAGAAAUAAUGGAAAGCAGUGGGCUCACAUACACCGAGUUGGAUUUUGAGCUGAUCAAAGUUGAAAUCAAGGAGAUGGAAAAACUUAUCACAGAGUUGAAAGGCAGUCUCUCAGGUAGCAACGUCAUUGUCGAACAGCUCUAUAUCGAGAUCAAAAACAUAAGUCUGAUUAUCACAAGCCUGGAAGCACUGGACAAAAACAAUGUACUUGCUAUUCGCCGUGAAAUUCUCGCUCUGAAGAAAAAACUAGAAGAAUGCGAGGAACUCAGAAAUCAGACCUUGCCGGGUCCCACCAAGCCACCAAUUAUUUAUGGAUCUUGCAACCAUGGCCUCAUUUCAAAUGUCAGCCAACCAUCUGUUGCACAGUUGAAUUGGAGAGGAUUUGGAUACAACGCUGGUGCCUGGGGAAAAGAUCCUGAACCUGUAUAUCCAAGGAAAGAACUGUACUGGCAAGCUCCUCUGAACACAGAUAACAGAUACUUACAGUAUUACAGACUGUACACUUCCUAUGAUGACUUCCUGCUGUACAGAAAUCAAAUACAGGCAACAUUUGAAUAUGGUCAGGGCAGUGGUAUGGUUGUGUAUAGGAAUCAUUUGUACCUCAACUACUAUGGCACAAGAGAUGUUUGCAAAAUUGAUCUUAACACGCUUAAAGUAGCAGUGAGAAAACCAAUUCCUUUUGCUGCCUUUAACAACAGGUUUUCUUAUUCAACACCUUGGCAAGAUAUUGAUGUUGCUGUAGAUGAAAGUGGGCUGUGGGUCAUCUAUGCCACUGAAGAAAGUACUGGUAACAUAGUGAUCAGUAAACUGAAUGAGACAACCCUAGAUAUUGAGAGAACCUGGGUGACAAAGCAGUAUAAGCCUUCAGUUAGUAAUGCAUUUAUUGUGUGUGGUGUCCUGUAUGCUACCAGGACAAUUAAUACUAGGCAGGAAGAGAUAUUUUACAUAUAUGACACAAAGACAGACCAAGAUAGCAUCAUCAGUAUCCCCUAUAAUAAGAUGAUGGAAUAUAUUUAUGGUGUCAACUACAACCCUAAAGACCAUAAACUCUAUGUGUACAAUGAUGGCUAUCUUAUCACAUAUGACCUCAGCUUUUAUCCCACAACAGAAGCACUUAGUGAGGAUUAUACAACAAACUAAUCACAAGCUAUCUUUUGUUUCAACAGCAUCAGGAGAUAAAAUGGAUUGAUGUUGACUCAUUUUCCAUGCUAGGUUUUAGCAGUUGUAGCAUAUUAAAAUGAAAUGUGUAGCCUUUUUUAAACUUGUAUUUUACUCAUAAUUCAUUACUAUCAUAAGGUCCUAUAAGUUAUCUCUUUGAUUGAAAAACAAUCUCAUAUAUCAAAGUCUUUGUUCUUGUAAUGAUCUGUUUGACUGCCACUACAAUUUAAAUUGCAAUAGUCUUCAAGCAGGCAUUGUUUUCAGGUGGCAUAACUGCUUCUGUCAGAUAUGAACCUAAACAGAUAGUUAUGUCAAGCGUUCUCUUCUGUUAUAAUUCUGAAGCAUCAUAAACCAACAUAACCUGUUAUUGUUUUAACCCAGUGCCAUCCCACAAAUUGUAGCAGUCAUACUAAAACACUCAAGAGAUCAAUUUAAAAAUUUUUUAGAAUUCUAUCCAUUUUUUGAAAUCACUGUUUCUAUGUGUCAUGCUAUAAAUGAAUUAACAAUAAUAAUUGUUUUUAUUUUAAUUGUACAAUGCAUUUUAAAGAAAAUAAA